AUGCUUUUCGGGGUUCACCUUGCAAACAACUGCUUUGAAAGUAUUCUCUCCAGCUGCCCUGUUCUUCAAAGGCUACUGUUGCACGAGUGUUCUGGUGUUAGUCAUUUUAAUAUUAGUGGUUCUAAACUCAAGAACUUGUCCAUCAAGGCCGAUGAUGAUGUCGAAUCGAUCUACUUAGAAAACACUCCUAACUUGACUGAAGUUUCUGUUUCGCUGAAGAGUGUUGUAACAGGUGAAACUUCUUCGGAAGAUGCUCCCCUUCAAAGAAAGAGGUCCGGGGAAGCGGUUGCUGUUGAAACCGAAAAAAGGACCGAACCAGUACCGGAGAUCGAAGCCCCCACAGGCGCGCGUCCGUCUCCCGAGAACGAGCCCGCUACAACUGUGGAGCCCUCGACCUUUGCUGAAUUUGUUGAGGCUGCUCCAAGUUCAUCUGCCCCGGCUACGCGGGUGGAUGAGUUCGACGAUAUGUUCUCGAGAACUCCCCCCGCGUCCUGUGAAGCAGUGGGAUUCGGUCACCUUCCUAUCCCUCGAGCCACGAGGCCGGCUUAUCGGGCCUUCGAUUCCGGUGCCAGGGAUAGCUUGGUGAACAUUUUCCCAGCCCCGAGCGUGGAGCCAAGGAGAACCCGAUCAGCAGUGGUCACCGUCCCUGAGGACUGCAGCUUCCUAUCACGUCCGGUGGGCGUAGCGAGCUAUUUGCGUCCCCUUGUAUCAGAUUCGGACAGACACAAAAUGACCGGGGUUACUUGGGAAUGCCUUAUUAACGAGGGCAUGCACGCGGGCAACCGGAGUGUGGUGCUGGUCAAUGAGGCUUUCAUCCGUGCCCGACAUGAGAUAGACGAUCUUCGGGGCCAACUCGAUGCUCAGGGCCGAGAGAUAGAAAAAUACCAACACCUUCUUCGGGAGAAGGAAGAAGAAUUAAACCGGGCGGUCAUGCUGGCUAACCUCCGCCCCGAACUUGAUGCAGUUAAGGACGAAAACCGUCGAUUGAAGAGUAAUUUGGCCGCCAUGACUGAUUACAAUCGGAGUCUCGAGGCCGAGAAAAUCGGCCUUUGCCGGGAUAAAACCCAAUUUUCUUUGCGGUUAGAUGAACUCGAGACCACGAUUUCCCAACUUCGGGGAGAACUUGACUCGGUGAGGGCUGAUGCUACGGGCUUGACCGAGAGGAACCGACAGCUUGAGUCCGAGGCUGCUUUGUUCAACGAGCGCAGCAGGGUACUCGAAGAGAAAGUCGAGGAGCGGGCUCGGUUAUGCGAGGGCCUUAGAACUGAGCUUGAGGAGGCGAUUAACGCUAAUGAUACCCUUAAGGCCGAGUUGGAUGCGGCCAAUCUUACGAGGGAUGAUCUUGAGAGGAACCGAGCUCCUUUGGAAACCAAACUGGCCAAGGCUGAGGCCGAUUUGGAGGAAGCUUGGAAAAGUGUGGAGGCGGCCGAGGCUCAUACCGCUAUUGUCGCUGAAUAUGAGAAAUGGAAGUCUCGGCGUCUUACUCUCGAGCAAGCUGAGCUCGGCCUGGAGGAUCUUCCGGCCCUGAUACUUGAAGCUAAAGGAAUGGAGAAGGAGGCUAACCUUGCCCUUGGGUCCGAGUCAGAUGACUCCGAGCGGACCGAGUCCGAGCAUUCAUCCUCUUCUAGUCGUGUCGGGUAG